AUGCCAAGGGGUCGGAUUUCGUUCGUGGGUAUCCUUUCGGUCUACGGUGCGGUAUCUUGUGGGCUUUGGCUCUACAAACCGAACUUUGAUGCAUCUAUUUUGAAGUCCGGGAAGUGCAACAAUAGACUUGUAGAUGCAGUAGUGAUGGUACCCAAGGGUACCAUGCUUCCUUUGAGCAGUGUGAAUGUUGAGUUUGACUGGGAAUUGAUCAGACCAGCUUUGUUCUCCGGGUUGGUAUUGGCUGGAGAUGGGAAGGUGAGAAUGAGACGGUUGAAGAUCUAUGGAGAUCCAGAUGGAGUGUACCAUGGAAGGUACCAGCCUCCUCCAGGUGGCAGUUCCAUUCUUCCAAUCAGUGAGGUUGCCUCAGUCACCGCAGAAGAAUGCUUUGUGGAGAUGGCAAAACUGGUGAGGGAGGAGCUCGGACGUGCUGACCCAAGCUUUGCUCGAGCCAUGAAUGCCAUGGAGGAAUGGGGUCAUGCUAAGUAUAGUGUUGGUUUGCCUUUUCUUGGAUUAGAAAUGAGCUUGUUUUCCUUCUCCUUUAGGUUUCUUGUCAGCAAUAUGCUCCUUCCAUUCGACCCGACACCUGCCACUCCUCUCUUUUUCAAUACUCUCUACCACCCAUAUGCCAAGGGGUCUGAUUUCGUUCGUGGGUAUCCUUUCGGUCUACGUUCCGGUGUGAAUUGUGCGGUAUCUUGCGGGCUUUGGCUCAACAUACCAGACUUUGAUGCAUCCAUUUUGAAGUCCAGGAAGCGCAAUGAUAGACUUGUAGAUGCGGUGGUGACGGUACCCAAGGGUACCAUGCUUACAUUGAGCGGUGUGAAUGUUGCAUUUGACUGGGAAUUGAUCGGACCGGCUUUGUUCUCCGGGUUGAUAUUGGCUGGAGAAGGGAAGGUCCGACAUGAGACGGUUGAAGAUCUAUGGUGUGGGAUGUGUGUGAAGGUGGUAUGCGAUCACUUGGGGUAUGGUAUCAAGAGUGGUAUGCCAUACUUACAAAGAGGUGGUGAUGGCGAAACUGAGCAGGAGAUCCAGAUGGAGCGUACCAUGGUAGGUACCAGCCUCCUCGAGGUGGUGGUUCCAUUCUUCCAAUCAGUGAGGUUGCCUCAGUUCGCGGUGACUGCAGAAGAAUGCUUUGUGGAGAUGGCAAAACUGGUCAGAGAGGAGCUCGGACGCGCUGACCCGAGCUUUGCUCGAGCCGCGGAUGCCAUGGAGGAGUGGGUGCGGGUGUGGUGGUCAACAUGA